CCUUUCGCCUCGUUUGUUUACAACUUGUGAGAGUGAUGGACGGGAGGUGUUCAGUGGACGCUGUUCUCGAUUGUGGGGUUUUUGCGUCUCCCGGCUCUGUUAAACUGUGUGCAGGGGAUGCAGGGACGGAUGUUUACUUCAGCUGUGGAAGCGCCGAAGUCCACGUCUGCUGUUCGCAACUCUCCAGAGUGAAGGCCGUCCUCCAGUUUCCAGGUCCAGUCAGUGACCUGGUUGUGAGUCAGGACCAUGAACACCUAUUUGCUUCAUGUUCCUCAGGGGUCUACUGCGUGAGCUCGUCCUUUCUAGCUUCCAGGCUUUCGAACGCCACUGGUGGCACUGCCAACGUGGGCAUCGGCAGAGAAUGCCUUGUUGUAGAGGAAACAGAAGGCUUGUCUCUACUGCUCGUAGACUCCUCACUGCUCGUUCUUUCUCAAAGAGACUCUUCCUGGCUGCUGACUGUGUACAAAACCUCGAAGCAGCCCAGCAGGUACAAGGAGCUACGAACAUUCAAACUGCCAGUUCAAUACAUCUUUCUUGAUGAGUCAGCGGUACCUAAAAGACCCGUUCUGAAGUGUGUUCAGUCUCGUGAUGAAAGCUCUUCAUCGUCCUCUGGUGAUCUCUCAAAUGAACUUGUCAUUGAGCCUGUUCUCUUCAAGCUUCUAUUUGGAAUUGAUGCAGCUCUCACCAAGUCCCAAGUCGUUCUCUGCGGCCUCCCAGAUGGAUGUUUGUGUUUUGUCCCUCUGUGUGUUCCGGGAGCGCAGCUUCAAGUCCUGCACUCUCUGGAGCAAGCUGUUGUUUAUUUUGGCGCCUCUGAUGUCAAACCUGCACGCUGCCUCAUAGCGUUGGGAGUCAGAGGACGAGUGCUUGUAAUGACGACGGACACAGAAGCGGAAGAAGGACUUUGUGUGGGAUUUAGUGAUGGCUGUCUACCUGGACCGGUGGUGUGCACCUGUGUGCAUCAACAGCGUUUGUACUACAGUACCGGCUCUGACCUGCUGGAAGUAGAUCUGCCUUCUGGGCCAAGUAGAACAACUGAGCAAACAGAAAAAGAGUCCAGAAAAGAAGCUGAUGGUCUUCAAAGCCCCAAAAGUUUAAAUGUUUGCAGAGUUGCCGCCUUGGCUGGACAUCCAUGCAACACAGAAGGGAAAGCGCAGCUGCUCGGAUUAUCCAGCAGGGGGCAGCUGCAGAGGCUCACGCUUCCUAGUGCAACAGGUGAUCCAGGUUUGCAGACCUCUUCCUCUGACGUCGGCAGGAGCGUCAGGGACCUUCUGUCUGCCAUUGGAGAUGUGUGUGAAAGAGCUUCAGGCUUACAAAGAUCCAUCACAUCUAAGAAGGAGACUCUACGACGCCUCAACCAAGUGAUCAACAUCAGCUUCUUUCUGAACGCAGCGUCCGAAGACCUGCCUAAAAACCAGGUCAAACCGAUCCGCUGUCACGGGAAGACCAGCUGGAGACAGUGUCUCCAGGAAGACCGGUUGGACUUGACCUGCGUGCUGGUGAACGGAAGUCCUUUUGGAUUCGAACGAGGCUGGACUCUGGCCAUGACGGCAUUCGCUCCCGGCUCCUCCCCCAGUGGACACACCACUAGUUUUUCAUUCCCCUUUUCUGAUCUUGGUCCAGGUGAGGAGCUGGAGGUGUCCCUGCCUUUGGCUGCGGCAAGUGAUGUCGGUGUUCCUGUCAUGGUCAGCUGCUCUCUCAUCUUCUCCCUCUCCAGUCUCCUGAAGGAGGAGGAGUUUAGGAGCCUCCCAGACCUGAAGAACAGUUGUCUAAGUCUGCCUCUGAACUCUCUGACCGUUGACUGGUUGCACACCCUGCAGGUGAUCGGUGCUGCAGAUAGAAGUAUCUCCUCUCGGCCCCACAGUAGCAGACGUGUUGACCCCAUCCAGGCGUUCAUACACUCACAGCAGAGCAGAGCUGACAGGAGAGAGACCUCAUCAGUCAAGGAGAGGGAGACCUUCUCUGCAAGUGUUCAGGUCUCCACAGACCUACUGAGAGAAACCAUCCUAAAAUCCUCCGGCUCCUUCAAGCCAGCUUCUUCCUCUGUGCUUGACUGGCUGCUUGCGGAUGUUCCUGGAUCAGCGAAGAGGGGCGACAGCUCAGUGGUCCAGGCUCGAGCUCACAGCGGGGCCCCAGUCAAACUCUCAGCUAAAGAGGUUCAGGUGGCAGAUGGGGACGAGUCUCUGGCCACAGUGGAGCUGCGGGUGGAGAGCUCGUCCAUGGCGGCGGUCUGUGGGCUUCACCAUGCUGUCCUGAGCAGAGUGCAGACUGUUUUGCAGACGGCUCGUCAGACGGUGACUUCCUCUCGGCAGAUCCAGACUUCCUGUUUAAGACGUGCGCUGCAGCGAGCUGAGCUACUGUUACUGAAAAUCCAACAAAGUGGAACCUCUGAUGCCUGUGGUGCGUCUCCAGAGAGGACGAGCAGCUCUGUGUUCAGCGUGUAUGAAGAACUCCGAGAGAAGCCCCUCCUCAUCAUUUGAUCUGCACAGGCGUGUGAGGGACAGCUGUGUCUGAAAUAGUCACAUGGUCGUUGCUGUGCCAACGUUAUGGACUAAUAAA